AGCAUACGUCCCUGUCUCGCGCGUCCGUCGCCGCUCCGCGCGCGCCCAGGCUCCAGAGAGUCCAAGAGCCCAGGCGAGAGCCCCUUCCGCGCCGCGGCGGGACCUUGUGGACUGGACGCAGGCGCAGCUAGCCGAUGGCAGGCACGACGGGCGGCGCCGCUGCCACCGCGCCGGGCAAGAAGGGCGAAACGCCGGCCGCCACGCGUUCUGGCGCGCUCAAGAGGCUGCCGCUAGCUCUGCUCGUGUUCUUCGCGGCGCUGCUGUACAGCCAGAUCCAGCCGCCGCCGUCGAAGGUCCCCGGCGCGCCGGGCGGGCCUCCGGUGACCGCGCCCAGAACGAGGCUCAGGGACGGCAGGCACCUGGCGUACCUGGAAUCCGGCGUCCCCAAGGAGGAGGCCAGGUACAAGAUCAUCUUUGUCCACGGCUUCGAUUGCUGCAGAUACGACGUGCUGAACGUCUCCCAGGGGCUGUUGCAGGAGCUGGGCAUCUACCUGCUGUCGUUCGACCGGCCCGGGUACGCCGAGAGCGACGCCCACCCGGCCCGGACGGAGAAGAGCAUCGCCCUCGACAUUGCGGAGCUCGCCGACAACCUCCAGCUCGGCCCCAAGUUCCAUCUCAUCGGCUUCUCCAUGGGCGGCGAGAUCAUGUGGAGCUGCCUCAAAUACAUCCCUCACAGGCUCGCCGGCGUAGCGAUCCUCGCCCCGGUCGGCAACUACUGGUGGUCCGGCUUCCCGGCGGACGUGGUCGAGGAGGCCUGGUACGUGCAGUUCCCGCAGGACCAGCGCGCAGUCUGGGUCGCCCACCACCUGCCGUGGCUGACGCACUGGUGGAACACCCAGAACCUAUUCCACAGCUCCAGCGUCAAGGGCAAGAACCCUAUCAUCUUGUCCAAGGAAGACACGGCUCUGUCUCAAAAGUUCUUGGACCGAACCUACAAGGAGCAGGUCCGGCAGCUGGGGGAGCACGACUCCCUGCACCGCGACAUGAUGGUCGGGUUCGGGAAGUGGGGCUGGAGCCCCCUGGAGAUGGAGAACCCGUUCGCCGGCGCCGGGGACGAGGUGAAGGUGCACCUGUGGCACGGCGUCGAGGACCUCUUCGUGCCGGUUCAACUGUCGCGGUACAUCAGCAAAAAGCUCCCCUGGGUCAUCUACCAUGAGCUCCCGACGGCCGGCCACCUGUUCCCGGCCGCCGACGGGAUGCCGGACGUUAUCGUCAGGUCGCUGCUGCUCGGAGAUGAGUGAUCGGUACUUUUCUUUUCUUUUCUUUUUUUAUGAGCGGUCAAUAUUAGUGAUGCAGCUGCAGGACGACGUGUACUCGCCUUCUGCACCGUUGUACAGCUCGAUCGCUCGUACAAAAAUUAUGGCAUGAGUUGAUGACUUCAGUAAUAAGGCUUGUUUAGUUGCUAAAAUUGGGAGUGCUAAAAUUACUGUGCCGGCACUGUAGCACACUGUAGCGUUUCGUUUGUAUUUGUGAAUUAUUAUCCAAACAUUGAC